UGCACCGCUCCCAAGGAUAACGGAUACGUUAUUCCAACUCGUCCGAGGACGAACAACGUCGCCCCAAAAGCCCAGGACGGUUUUGGUGGAAUUCUUGUAUAGCGACCGCCUUGACUUUGGAACUUUUCUUGCUCCCCGCAUACCAGUGAUACCGUUUCCUUCCCCUUGCUCCUCUUCCCCGACAGUAAGAAAUAUGGCAGAGAAGAGGCGAACUCCGUGCGCUCUCAGUGUCAAAGCACACGCCUUUUCGGUAGAGGCACUGAUCGGAGCGGAGAAGAGACGCCGGACGGCCGGCGAAGAGGCCGAAUUCCACGGCUACGAGGACGGUACGGAUGUCGCUGAUUUAACGGGGCCGCGAGCCGAUAGAACGUGCACCGGCGACCGAUGCAGCGAAGCCGACUGUGCGAGUGACGGAUCCCCAGAGAGCAAGGACGCUUUGCUGGAGAGCCCACAUCCCCCAGUUCUGUGCAUGGGGGCACUAACCGGAAGUGGAGAAGACCCCCGAGUGGACCUGCAAGGAUCAGACCUGUGGAAGCGGUUCCACGAGAUUGGCACAGAAAUGAUCAUUACCAAGGCUGGACGGCGGAUGUUCCCCGCUAUGCGCGUGAAGAUUACGAGCUUGGACCCACAUCAGCAGUAUUACAUUGCUAUGGAUAUCAUCCCUGUGGACAACAAGCGAUAUAGGUACGUUUACCACAGCUCCAAGUGGAUGGUAGCAGGGAAUGCUGACUCCCCUGUGCCACCUCGAGUCUACAUACACCCGGACUCCCCCGCCUCAGGAGAGACAUGGAUGCGUCAGGUGGUCAGCUUCGACAAACUUAAACUGACCAACAACGAACUGGACGACCAAGGACAUAUCAUCCUGCACUCAAUGCACAAAUACCAGCCGCGAGUCCAUGUUAUCCGCAAGGAGUUUGGAGAGGAGUUAUCCCCAGUGAGAGCCAUCCCUGCUGGGGAUGGCACACGCACCUUUGCUUUCCCUGAAACUGUGUUCACCACAGUCACAGCAUAUCAGAAUCAACAGAUUACAAGGCUGAAAAUUGACAGAAACCCUUUUGCCAAAGGCUUCAGAGACUCUGGCAGAAACCGGAUGGGUCUGGAGGCUUUGGUUGAGUCUUAUGCCUUCUGGCGUCCAUCUCUGCGAACGCUCACAUUUGAGGACAUCCCCGGCAUUACCAAGCAAGGGAUCCCAGGAGCUCAUUGUGCAAUCGGAACGUCUUCUCACCUGCUCUCCACAUCCCCGUGCUCCUCAUCUUUCCAGGUUUGCCCUCACAGCCCGCCUGACUACACCUGCAGCCGACCCACUCAUCCUCUCCAUCGCUAUAGCAACCCCAUGGAGCCCUUCUCCCCUCCCAGAGGUCCAUCAGCUUACGAAGGUGAAGGAUUCGGUGCUCUGCCUCUCCCUGCUUCUCAACUUGGCUAUCUAUCCAGCCACACCCCACAGGGUUACGCUGGGCUUCGUCUUCACACAUCGCCUUACAGCCUGUACGGUUACACAUUUCCUCCCUCACCACGCCUCGCUGUCAGCCCUGAUAAAAUGGCCUGGUAGCCAGCCAGGAGGUUGUGCCUCAAAAGUCUCUGCCCACAUUUGACUCCAUACAUCUAGGUUUGUCAAGGAAAACCAAAUGACACCCUGGUGUGGGUGUAAAUGUCUUUUGGUCCAGAAAGUUCCACAAAUGAAUUCUCCCUGUGCUGAACAAGCACCAGGUUCAAUUAUGGACAGACAAAAACGAGAGACAAAUAAUGCAAUUGCCAUUGCAAAUUGGAAAAAACUAGUUUGCUCCUUUAACCAAAGGGAAUCUUUUUGAAGUAUGUUUUCAAGGAUGUGCACGUGCAGCUGCAGUGUCUCCUAACAGGAGAGACGUUCAGUUUUGGAUAAGAAGUUCAACCGAUGUAAUCCAGUGACUGAAGUGAAGCUGCAUACAAACUGGUAGGAAACUUGGCUGGCCCAGGCACCCCGAGCAAGCACUUCAUCUCCUGGCAGGACGUCCCGGACACAGUUACUAUUGCCUACUUUGGAGGAAGUUACCUAACAGUACUUUUUGAACUUAUUUUUAACUACACAUUUUUAUUAACUUCUUUUGUUGUCAUUACUUGCCUGGUGGUGUUAUAAAUCCUUAUCGAAAUAACAUGUGUGAGGCAUCUAGUAAGUUACACUACUACCCUUUCACCACUCAGGCCUAACACAAAUGGUUACAGACACUACCCGGAGCAAAGUGUCACAAAGGUGACACCAUAGCCAUAAGAGACCAUGGGAGACAUCCCAGUAAUAAUUAUGGACUGGCAAGGUUAAAGCUGUGGUAGAUUGAUGGAUGAUGGACUAAUCUACAUAAUCUACGUUUGGCUUGACCAAAUUUUUUGAUGCAGGUGUUUGGUUGUCAGACCGAACUACGACUUCCCUUGUAUGACACAGACGUAACUGCACAUACUAACUAUUUAUAUAAGGGGGAAAAGGCGGGCUGGACAGGAGAUGUAUAUUCAGGGCUGCGUAAUCCGUCGCACUUAAAAAACACCUUAAGCAUCUGUUUCUGCUCUUUUGAGGGGUCAGGUACGCAACAGCCUACCCUGAACUUGACCAAAACAUUUUUCUUUACAAAAAUGCAGUAUAUCUGCACGCUCUUUGCCUGAGGACAUUAACAUGUUCUGUGAACUUUAUUAGCCAAAUAAAAUAUUCAUGUUAAAUGUUUGUAUGUCACCAAUAUCUUAUUAAUUUAACAGUUGUUAAUUUAACCAGGUGUUUUUUUAUUUUCACAAUGUUAAAUAUUUAAAGGAUGUGCCAUGCUUAGAACAUAACACUUCCUUGUUAAAACAAAGAAUGGAGGACAGUAUGUUUAAGUGUUUGCAGUCAUAUAUUUGUGGGGUAUUAAGGAUCUGUAUGUAUCUGUAUGUGGGGGUUGUAACAGAUUUGGAUUGCAAAGAAAUGAUAAACACCACUGGAGAAAGGAAAGGCAGAGAUUGUGUGAAAGAAAAAAUUCUCAGUCACAUACUGUUGUUGUCACAUCCUCAUUGUCGUCAUUGUUUAACGGUGUAAAUUACUAUAAUACCCAAAAGUCUGUUGAAUUAAAUAGUUACAAGAGGCAGGCUGCGCAGUGAAUAUAGAUAGGGUUGUGGUGGUGUGAACAUUUGCCAGUGUUUCUAUGUUAACCUCCACUACCACCACAACAACAAAGUCAUACUACGCUGCUGAAAAAAUAUGGACAUUUUUCCUUUUUCCAAAAGAUGUCACUGAGGCUUUCCCUUCUCAACCUGUUUUAACACCUGGAAUGUCAGGAAAACUCAGAACAGACUCAUAGAUUUAUUCUGUACUUUCUACCCUAAAUUCCGCCAAUUUUUAACAAGAAAGAUUUCCUUACCCGGGAAGACAGCAAUGGAUGUCAUGUGUACAGACUGAACAGCAUAAAAUAUAUACUGUACGUCCAAUUACUAUGACAGAAAUUAUUAAAAUAUUGAGUAUUGUAAGCCAGACAGAACCACUUGCAACCAUCAUCAGAUAUAACCAGUGAUGCCAGUAACGCGUUACUUAGUAACUUAGUAACGCGUUACUCUAAUUUGACCACCUUUUUCACUAACAAGUAAUGUUAGUAACUCGUAACAAGUAACUCGUUAGUAUGUCCAAACCAGUAAUCAGAUUUAAGUUACUUGUCCAAUUGUGCUUUACUAUUUUGUCAUUAAUAGUCAAAUAUAUAUUUAAUUUCUUGCGU